CUCAUGGGAUUGGCCUACUUCCUGUGUCUCGUUAUCGGUGGUGUGUGUGGAAGUGCUUGUGUGCAAAUUGAUAAUUUCGGUGCCUGGUCCUUCUGGGUUAGCAUACCGUAGAAGCAUAGCAUGCCUACCGAUCUUUAGCUGGGAGGAAGGCGAUUGACAGCCAUGGCAUUUGCUGGACUCAAGAAGCAGAUCAAUAAGGCCAAUCAGUAUGUCAGUGAAAAGAUCGGAGGUGCCGAAGGCACCAAGUUUACAGACGACUACAUGGAGAUGGAAAGGAAAAUUGACUUGACAAAUGAGCUCGUCGAGGAGCUUAUAGUAAAAACUAAAGAGUACUUGCAACCAAAUCCAGCAUCCAGAGCAAAGCUGAUGGUAAGCAGCAAACUCCGAGGACCGGGAAAGACACAUGCUUAUCCUCAGCCAGAAGGAGUGCUAGGAGAGACGAUGAUCAAGUACGGAACAGAUCUCGGCGAAGAGAGCCACUUUGGUCAGAGCCUCAUUGAGUCAGGCGAGUCACUGAAGCAGUUGGCAGACAUCAAGUAUGCACUUGAGGACAACGUCAAGCAGAACUUUCUAGAGCCACUCACACAACUCCAGACCAAGGACCUCAAGGAUGUCCUGCACCACAGGAAGAAGUUGCAAGGCCGGCGCCUUGAUUAUGACUGUAAGAAGAGGAAGCAAAUGAAAGCAGGAGGUCAUGUCACGGAGGAUGAGAUCAAGCUUGCCGAAGACAAGUUUGAGGAGUCCUUCAACCUAGCGUCUCUGGGCAUGUUUAAUCUACUGGAAAAUGAUGUGGAGCAGAUCUCUCAGUUGGCAGCGCUUACUGAGGCAUUCUGCGAGUACCAUCAGCAGUGCGCUCAAGUCUUACAGAGUCUGACGGAGCGUCUGCUCGAACAGAAGUCUGAAGCUGCGGGACGCACAAGAGCCCCAUACGAGCCCAAGAAGCUGUCGGAGCUCAACAUCCCCGUCAUGCACGAUGACAUUUCACCCAUGGUCGAGUCAGGUGGGGACACUUUCAACGGCGUAGCCGCGUCCCCCUCCCGGUCCCCAAUGGGAUCUCCCGUGAACCCUCGGCCCGCCAAUAAUCUCUUCCUGGGCAGCUUUCAACACGGCGGACCCUCGCCAUCCAGAUCUCCAAAUGCUUCACCCUUGCCAUCCCCGGUGCGCUCGCCAUCAACACGGGGUCCCCGGGGUCCAUGCUGCCGAGCCUUGUACGACUUUGAACCAGAAAAUCCUGGGGAGCUGGGCUUUCACGAGGGUGACCUGGUGCAACUGGUGCGUCGAGUUGAUGACAACUGGUUCGAAGGGUCGGUGGAAGGACGUACGGGACUCUUUCCCGUCAACUACGUCGAGGUUGUGGUACCUCUGCCAUAAUGACCAGGUGGGCAACCGCAGCGGCUGUUUUCAACCGCCUCUCCCAGCUUUAAGUUGAAGACCGUCACAUCCUCAGUUGGCACAUAGUCAUGGAAUUGCCCUGAGUUUUCCCUCAGCCGGGGCAGAACAGUCCUUGGUAGCUCAAGAGUCCUUUGUGUGGAACACUUUGAAUGUACAUAUUUUCCAUAAGUUAAGAAAUGAUUGCACAGUCUCAAAUGCUGCAGAUACUUUUGGGUGGUUCGUCCUGUUUUCCAUCCUUUUUUUGUCAUCAUUACCAUUUUCAUCAUUCAGAAUGGAGAAAGCAAUUGCAGUUUAUUUAUGCAGGUGUAUCGCACAGCUAGCUGCGCAGGAUAAUGAAAUGGAGAACUAGUCUGGAAUGUUGAAGAUGUAAUGUGUCUUAAAUUAUUGUUGACUGUGGUACGGUGAGGUGGCACCGACAUAUUUACCGUGGCAGUGGAUGCGCGUGCCGUCGGGUUUUCGUAAAAUAAAAAGUAGGAUAUUACUGUCAGUAUUUCCUGGUGCCAUGGCAAGUGUAGCAUAGUGCAUGUGGCUGUUACUAAGUGUGGUUGUGAAACUCUCAGCUAAGGCAAUGGUGCUACUAUUAAGAGUUGCGCAUUACUGAUACAAUCUGUUCGGCAUUGCGACAAUGCCAACAUUCCAAAAAGAGAAAUAUAAAUAUAUAUAAAGGCAUCAUAGUCUAGGAACGCUUCAAUCGCCUUAAAGGUCCCUGUGACAGGUGUCGAACCCUAUUGCAAGUGUCACCUAUAGGAAGGCACGUUGUACUUAUACAGAGGAAUGCUAGGAAUUCGAGCUGCUGUUGAACAGACGUGUGAUACAACAGACUUCCUGCCUGCCCAUCUUCAGCACCUUGUGUGCCCCUCCAAAUAAACUUGCCGACGAGUGGCUUGCCUUUUAGGUGCCCGCUAGAACUAUUGAACUGUGCUACGAAAGUAUUUCGGCUGCUUGAUGAACCAUAGAUACGGUAGUCUUCUUCAAGACUAUGCAAUAAAUUCUAAAGAAAGAAGAACAAACAGUGUAAUAGCACUAAAAGAAAUGAGUUCAGCACAGUAUGUCUGCAGCCCAGAUGAUGUAAACAAAGGGGGUUGGCAAUAAGUGUGCUUUACUUGCGGCAAUAAGCGACAAAUCGUACACGUAUAUCCUCGUACCUAUAGUUACGUUUCCACCGUCCUAUGCUUCGAGAGAUCUAUUUCCGGUGUUUUCUCUGUAGUGGAUGGCGUACUCUUUAACUUCGAGCAAUAGAAUAAUGAGCAUACUCAGUUUCAACGUGACAGCAUCUCCUUUUUUCUCGUGUUUUUGUCGUAAUUGCCUCGAGAAAUAUCUGUCGCCGCAUUACUGUAACUUCAUGUUUAACGAAGACCACAGAUCAAUAAAAUUGACAGUGUUACACAGAGAUGCUCUUUAAAAUGACCUGCAGAUACUGUGACUCAGCCUUUCUGUGUGUGCAUCCUCCUGUGUGUCCACAUACUUUUUCUGCUCUCAGUAUUUUUCAAUUUCGGAUGCCUGUGAGGUUCUAUUUCAUAUCAAGCGUGUAAUAAAAUGUUUCUCUCAUCAACGA